GGUAGAUAGUUGCUGUUAUCACCUUAUGAUAAUGAACUUUGUUUUAUUCGCAUGUACUGAAAUUUCAGUGUUGAACUUCCGUUUCAGUAUCAUAAUAAAUAAAUGUGAACCGGAAUAAAAAGAAAUCAGCGAGAUCCCCCUGUUAAAAAUUGUUUUAAGUGUUUGUAAGGGGAUUUAAAGACGCAACCUAGUUUUCUUGUCGCCAAAUUAUGGGGCGUUUAUUUUCGUUUUUGUCAUUUGUGAUUGCAGCUUCAUGUUUAUCAUCAAUUAUUUACGGAUUACAAGAAUCUUCAGAAACCAUCACUGUCAAUGAAGGUGAUAACCUGUAUGUGGCAUGUAAUUUAACUGGUCCACAGAUAACAUGGACGACACCAAACGGUGAAUUAUUGGGUAGACAGUUAAAUUUAACAAACGUCACAAGGGAGUUCCUAGGGUUAUACUUUUGCUUUAAUUUGAACACUAACAAAACUGAACCUGAAGAAGACAAUGACGAACUAAGCUCUGUGAUAACAAACUUUUUUUACCUUGAUGUUUUAUAUCCAGCAAAGAUAACAUUUGUAGACGUCGUUCAAACAACAGUUCAGCCAAACGGUACUUACAAGAUGCAUGUUGGAAUUGAGGGCAAUCCUGCUCCUCUUACUACAUUUACGUCGUUAUCUGAUAGUAAAGUAUGGUUCAAUCAAACGGAGGAGGGAAACUUCACAAUCAAUAUUGCAAAAAUGAACUGCACUAACGCUGGACGCUAUAUUCUUACAUGUGAAAAUAGUAUUGGGGAGGAUUCCAGAACGGAGGACAUUUAUGUAGCAUGUGUACCAGAUCCUGUGACUAAAAUACAAGCAAAUGGUAUCACUACUAGCGAGGCAAGAAUAGAUUUUACCACUGGCAAUGCUUUCAAUACUGAGCAAUUCUUCUACAUUAUGAGAAUAAUGGACGGUCAGUUACAAGAUUUGCACGUGAAUGUAACGGACAUACGAGAUGACAGUGGUGGGAAGCCAUUCUUUGUGACGAUUAAGAAUCUCAAUCAGUCAACAUUGUACAAUAUAACUAUUAUAUCGGGAAAUAGAUGGGGAAAUUCAACAGCGCCAUCAAGCUUUGUCAAUUUCGAAACAUAUGGAAAACCAGAACCGGACCCAAACUUUGUUGUAAACAAAACCUUUAAACCACGACUCGGCGAGUCUGUGUCCCUAAUUAUUCAUUCUCGGGGCAAACCACCACCUUCUUACACGUGGUUACAUAACGGAAAAUUGAUAAACAGCACUGAUGACAACGAUACCAGCAUAGUUGACCUUGAGGCAAUCGUUGUUGACAACUUUGGGAUAUACAAUCUCACUAUGAACAAUAUCUAUGGAACGUACACUGUAGAUUAUGAAGUACUGGCAGACGGACCCCCAGAACCGGUUUCUGAUGUAUUUGUUUCAGAUAUAAACUUAACCUGUGCUCAUGUUCAUUUUACAACUGGAUAUAAUUACAACAGUACUCAAACUUUUAUUAUAAAUGAGUAUAUUGAUGGACAUUUCAAACAACUGAAGAUGUGCAAGGACAUGACAGCAGGAAAUGGAGGCGAUCCUUUUACAUGCGAGCUGUGUGAUCUGUUUGAAGAUACACUGUAUAACAUAACUGUUGUAGCAAACAACAGUCGUGGUGAAUCUGAACACAAUCCGAAAUCUGUCAAAUUUUCAACAUACGGAAAACCUAAACCAGACCCGGACCAUCCAAGUAAUACAACGUUUAAACCACGCUUAGGAAACACUGUAACAUUAAGCAUUCAUGUCAUUAGUUAUCCUCCUCCAAGCUUUGCCUGGGUUCAUAACAACAAACAUAUCAACAGUAUUGACACAAACCGAAGUAGUGCCGUAGAGUUGAAGAAUUUUGAAGUAAAAGAUUUUGGAGAAUAUUUACUUAAUGUUUCAAACGAAGUAGGAUCAUUUCUCAGAAUGUUCGAGAUAUUGGCGGAUGGUCCACCUGAUCCUGUUGCCAAUCUCAGCAUAUCAACGGUGACCGUUUCAUCUGCCAUCUUAAGUUUCGUUACUGGAUAUGAUUACAAUAAGACGCAAACCUUUGUUGUGAUGCGAUAUCUUAAAGGAAAAACUACAGAACUUGUCAGUGUAAACGACACUCAAGGCGAUCCUGGACAAAAGAAAUUCAGUAUUGCUCUGCACAAUUUGACAAUGAACACAGAAUACAAUUUAACAAUUGUAGCAAAGAACCGUAAUGGCAGCUCUCGACCGUCUGAAAAUUGUGCAUCAUUUAUGACAGAAGGUGUCCCUGAGCCUGACCCAAAUGUUCCAGUUAAUAACACGAACGCUCCACGUCUUGGCCAGAACACAUUAUUUAAAGUAUAUGCUAUUGGAAACCCUCUACCGAAGUUUGCAUGGUGGCACAACAAUUCACCUGUCAAACAUACAGAUCACGAUAAUUUUACAGAAUUAGAAAUAAAAAAUGUCACUGAAGACGACUAUGGAAACUACAUUUUAAAUAUGCAGAACACGAUUGGGAGUAAAAAUUAUACAUUCACGAUCAAAGCAGACGGUCCUCCAGACAGCGUUACUCAACUGUCGUGUACAGAUGUUGUUGCUGACUCUGUGGAACUACACUGGGAAGCUGGUUUUGACUAUGGAAGUUCGCAAACCUUUCAAGUACAGGGGUCUGUUAAUAAUAAAGCUUUACAGAAUGUAAAGGAAAUAAAAGACUCUACAGAUGGUAAAGGGGGUAGUUCUCAUUUUAAGUUAGAAAAUUUAGAGAGUUCAUCUCAGUACGUAAUCACUUUAACUGCAAAAAAUGCAAGAGGUGAAGCGAAAAAAUCUAAUGAGGUAUCAUUCACUACACAAGGUGAGUUUUAUCUAAUUUAUUUGUAA